AUGAUUGUGCUUACCCAUUCCCCACCACCACAGAACACCCAAAAUGAUCAACCACCCCAUUCCCCACCACCACAGAACACCCAAAAUGAUCAGCCACCCCAUUCAACACCAACACAGAAUCAGUCUGAAGCUGUUAAAAGGAAGGGGGCCAGAACUAGACCUACAGGGUUCAGGGUGAACAAAGUGACUGCCAAGAAAGCUGGAACUUGGGUAUCCAAAGGGAAGGGCAUAGGUAGGAAGGGUAUAGGGAGGUCAAAGAGUGCAAGGGUGUUCACUGAUAUUGAGGAUAUAGGUUCAGAAGAGGAGAGUGAGGAUUCAGAUUGGGAGGAAUCUGAACCAGACUCUGAACUAGAGGAGGAUAAACUUGAUGAUUGGGUUGACUCUGAUGUGGAGGCUGAGGUGAUAACAGAUGAUGUGCCUGACUUAUUGUUUGAGGAAUGUUUGGAUGGUUCUAGUAAGAUGGAUAAGGCCUACAAGAAUGGAAAGAUAUGGACUCAUCAACCAUAUGGGUCCAUCAAAUUAGAACCUUGGUUGAUCUUUCCAGACAAGUCCACUUUCCUAGAUGUUUUGAGGAGUUUUUGCAUACAAGAGGGGUUUGGACUAAGUGUUGAGAGGGCUCACAGUAAGAGGUACACUGCAGUGUGUGCAAUAGAAACUUGUGACUGGAGGAUACAUGCAAGUAAGAUGUUUGACAGUGUCAGUUGGGCUAUUAAGGGGAUCAGUGGGUGCCACAAAACUUGUGGGAGAUUGGAGGAGAACCCUGUGGUGACCUCUGAGUGGCUAUGUAAGAACAUGAUGAGUCUAAUUGAGGCCAACACUGAAAUUCCUGUUGAGACAUUGAGAAGGUAUGCACAGGAGACAUUUCAAUUGAGGGUUAAAAAGAGAUUGUUGUACAAAGUAAGGAGUAUGGCAGUAGAGAAGAUACAUGGUGGUUGGGCUGAGGCUUAUGAGUUGCUUCCUAGGUAUGCUGAGAUGAUUAAACAGACAAACCCAGGAAGUUAUGCACUGAUUUCAUGGGGUGCUACAAGUGGGGAUGUGAACCCCAAGUUCAGAGCUUGUUUCUUCUCCUUUGCUGCUCAAGUCAAGGGGUUUUUGAGGGGGUGCAGGCCUAUAAUUGGAAUAGAUGGGGCUCAUCUAAGUGGGUUUUACAAGGGAAUCCUACUCACAGCUGUUGGCAUUGAUGGGAACAAUGAAAUAUUUGUUCUGGCUUAUGGGAUAGUGGACACUGAGAGCUGUGAUAGUUGGACACAUUUCAUGAGAUGCUUGAGGCAGAUGUUUGAGCAAGAGGGUUGCAACAAAGAUGAUUGGACCUUCAUCAGUGACAGGAUGAAGGGAGUUGACUUGGCAGUGAGAGAUACUUUUCCUAGAGCUACUAGGAGAGUUUGCUUCCAACACUUGUACAUGAAUUGCAAAAACAAUGGAUUUAGUGGAUCUGCUUUCUUCAAACUGUUUUGGAUAGCUGCAAAUGCACACAAUGAGUAUGUGUAUGGUAAAGCAUUAGAGAAGAUCACUGCUCAUGAUCCAAAUGCUGCUGCAUACUUGGACACAUGCCAGGAGCAGUGGUCCAGGCAUAUGUUUGACCCUGCUAGACAUGCCUGUAUUCUCAUUGUUGGAAGAAAGUGGUGUAUGGAGAGGGUUGGGGCAAGAUUUGACAUGGAAAUUGAUAUGGAGGAUGGUCAGUUGACUGAGUAUGCCAAGAAAGAGGUGGAUGAAAGAACAGGAGAGUCUAGGUUCUGCUAUGCUACAGCCUGUGGUGGGGGGGAAUUUGAGGUCAGAGAUGCACAUGUGAACUUCCCCAUCAGGUUAUCAACUAGAAGCUGUGGGUGUGGGAAGUGGCAAAUUUCUGGAAUCCCCUGCAAGCAUGCACUCAGGGUGAUUUAUGACCAAAGGCUGAACCCCAUUGAUUUUGUCUCCCCAUUCUUCAAGUCUGCUGCAUACAAGCUUACAUAUGCAGACCACAUUCACCCCAUGUCAGACCCAACACAGUGGCCUAACUUUUCUCUCCCUACCAUUCAGCCUCCAGUCAUCAAAAGACAAGCUGGCAGACCUGCUAAGAAGAGAAAGAGAGGACCAAAUGAACCCAGGAAGGGGAAGAGAAACAGCAAUGUGAAAUGUGGAAAGUGCAGGGAGUUUGGUCAUAACUCAAGGACAUGUAAGAAUGGAGGACCAAGCACUGGACCAAGCACUUCAGCAGCAGCAGGAGCAAGUACAUCACAAGGGGGUUCAAGGGGGAGGAAAAGAGCAAACACAGCAACUUAA